CUGCGGGAUAACCGCGUCGUGGACGUGGUAUCCGCCAGGUAUCCACGAUCAUUCGAUCGUGUGUUCGUUUCGAAAUUUUGGGGGGAAAUUCUCUUCUCCAAGAUCUCCCUCCUCUCCCGGGAUUAAUUCGCAUCUACGCAUUUCGAACGGAUGUAGGCGAAUACCGAAACGAUUUCAAGAAAGGAGGAUCGAAAGAUGAUGCUUCGAAGAGAAAAUGGAGAGAUUAAUUCGCAUCUACGUGUUUCAGCGUUCAAGAAAGCUGAAGGAUCGAAAGAGAGGAUGAUGGUUCGAAGAAAAAGAGAAAAUGGAGAAAUCUCCCGAGAUUAAUUUGCAUCUACGUUUCGAACCGACGCAGACGAAUACCGAAACGAUUUUAAGAAAGAAAGAUCGAAAGAGAGGAUAAUGAGGAUAAUUCGAAGAGAAAGAGAAAAUCGAGAUAUCUCUCAAGAUUAAUUCGUAUCUAUGUAUUUCAAACGGACGCAGACGAAUACUGAAACGAUUUCAAGAAAGGAGGAUCGAAAGAUGAUGGUUCGAAGAAAAAGAAAAAAAUGGAGAAAUCUCUCAAGAUUAAUUCGCAUCUACGCGUUUCGAACGGACGCAGACGAAUAUUGAAACGAUUUUAAGAAAACUGGAAGAUCGAAAGAGAAGAUAAUUCGAAGAGAAAGAGAAAAUCGAAGAAUUUCAAGAUUAAUUCGAAGAAAUUUUGGAGGGAGAUCUCUUCUCCAAGAUCUCCCUCCUCUCCCAGGAUUAAUUCGCAUCUACGCGUUUCAAACGUAGGCGAAGAAAUCUGAGUGAUUUCAAGAAAGAAGGAUCGAAAGAGAGGAUAAUGGUUCGAAGAGAAAGAGAAAAUAAAGAAAUCUCCCGAGAUUAAUUCGCAUCUACACGUUUCGAACGGACGCAGACGAAUACUGAAACGAUUUUAAGAAAGCUGGAAGAUCGAAAGAGAAGAUAAUGAGGAUAAUUCGAAGAGAAAGAGAAAAUCGAGAUAUCUCUCAAGAUUAAUUCGCAUCUACACGUUUAACGCAGGCGAAGAAACCUGAGUGAUUUCAAGAAAGAAGGAUCGAAAGAGAGGAUAAUGAUUCGAAGAGAAAGAGAAAAUGGAGAAAUCUCCCAGAAUUAAUUCGUAUCAACGCGUUCAAGAAAGCUGAAAAAUCGAAAGAGAUGAUGGUUCGAAGAGAAAGAGAAAAUGGAGAAAUCUCCCGAGAUUAAUUCGCAUCUACGCAUUUCAAACGGACGCAGACAAAACGAUUUCAAGAAAGCUGAAGGAUCGAAAGAGAGGAUGAUGGUUCGAAGAGAAAGAGAAAAGUGAGUAUCCAAAAAUAGAAGAAAGGAAAGAAGAGAGAGGGAAAGAAGGAAGGAAAAUCAGUCAACGCGAAGAUAGCCGCGUGCCGGGAACGAAAGAUCUUUGGAAUAAUCGCAUCGACGCGAGGCCAACUUCCGGUGAACGACGUGACAGGCUUGUGUCACCCUGGCGUCCUCCCCUACGUUCCUUUCCGGCCAAUUCUCUAACCAGCCGAGGAAAGAAGAUCGAGAUGGUACGGAAAUCGAUCCUUGUGUACGAUCUGCUCAGGACCGAGCAACCGGAAGAGGGUUUCACCGAGAAGGAGAUCGUGGAGCAGAUCAGUAACAAACACGACAUCAUGCCCGGGAAAUCACUUCGAAAGCAAGUGGCUGUGGCGCUUCGUCGUGGCGUCGAUUUCGGCAUCAUAGCCAAGAAGAAUAACAAAUUUAGAUUCGAUCCAGACACAGCGAAAGGUAAUAUCUCCAGGCGAACUUCCUUGAGGAGGAAUACGAAUCGAGGGAGGAAUAAGAAGAGGAGCGCGAAGAGGGCGACGAAGGCGAGGAACGAGCGGAAACGACAGGGCGAGAGAAAGAACGCGAAAAGUCGUAAUCAGAAGCGGACGCUACCGCAACCAAAAUUGCCAAAAUCGUGGACACCGAACAGGAGAAACUUGGUUGACGAGCCCGUGUCGAAAGUGAAAAAAAUUUAAGUCGGCGAUCUUACGAUCUUUCGUUCGAAACGUCUUUCCAAAACGGUCCCCCCGGUUUUAAUUGUACGUUUUAUAU